GCCACUGAUGAGGAUGUCGAGCUUCAAGAGGGACCAAAUACACCCAUGGAAUUCCUUGCGAAACCGGAGCCCCGCCGGGGUCACAAGGCGUGGAAGACCUUGGUUCCGAUCAUCGUCUUCUGGACUCUCGCGGUCGCUUUCUUUGCAGGUCAUGUCGCCUUCUUCCAAGCGCUCCACAACAGACCGAUCGUAGAGACGAUCGGUCAGAGUCUCCAGUCCGCGAUAUCAAACUUUUUCCCCCUUUUCGUCGACGUUUGUCUAGUUGGGUGCCUUGGUAUUGCCUGCAACCAGAUACUAUGGAGUCUACUACGGAAACGCGCAUUCCCGGCCCAAUUGAUCGACCAACUGGUUCAUAUCCACGGUAGUCCAUGGGAGCUGAUAUACCCGAGUAUCAUUCGGCAGCUGCUUCGCAUCAAGAGAGUUGCCAUCGUUACCCUUCUCUGCGCCGGAAUCCCCUUUGCGCUCGUCUUCCCCCCUGGUUCUGUGACCACCGACUUUAGGAAUCAGCUACGGCAAACCAUGUACGAUGUCAACACGAUGAACAUAUCGGACUAUGGAAAUGGUUCCCUCCACGAAUUCAUCGAACAUUCGUUCUACGACUUGGCCUCUGAUAUAUAUUAUGAUCUGGACGGCGUAAGACCGAGACUCAAGGGAAUGGCCAGUCAGGUCCUAGCCUCUGGAAAACCAGUCGACUUUAGUGCGCCCUGCGGCAACGCGUGUGCAUACAACAUGUCCCUCGACGGACCUCUCUUUGACUGCAAGGAUUCCGACUUCAAACCUGAGAAGCCGAGGUAUCAAGUAUCGGACUGCGACUUUACCUACCGAGGCGGCGACGGCCCAGAGGACAACAGUUCAAGCCUGUUUGGAACUUAUAGCAUUGGGUCCCGCGACUUCAUGGUGAGCUGGUACCCAGCUCCGUCCGAAUGCAACCGGACUACAAUCCGCAGCCUCGCCUGCACCAUGAAGCUUGCCACAUACAACCUUCGGAUCGACUACUCUGAGAAUCUGCGCUCGAUCGAGACCACCGUUGACAACGUCCGGGACACAUGGACCCCUGACUAUCCCAUGCUUAUGGAGUUUUGGAAUGGCUUUUACAAUCUACAGGGAGAACCUUCCAACGAUAGUGCAGACUAUGAUUUACGCGUCGAAUUCUCGAGAUCUCAGACCCUUGCAGUAAGAGAGGCAGCUGUGCUUGCCCUGACAGGGAUAGCACGUCCACUCUCCGAUGCCGGUGAGGCCCAGUUGUUUGAAGGGAACGCAUCGCAGGUCUUGAGCAGCCCGUACAUCGACUUUGACGACGACAUAACUAACCCACGACUCGAUAUCUCCGCCGACAGACUGCAGGACUAUAUGCGAGACCUAGUCAUCUCGACAAUAUCACUCAACUCGUCGGUCUACCAGGGAGGAGUCGAUGUGAUGGUGGGCACCGAUGUGUACCUCUUCAACGAGAAAAUGCAGUUCUAUAUUCCUUAUGCCCUAUCCAUCUUCGUUGCAUUAUGUGUCAAUAUCUAUGGAAUCUGGUGCUGGUGGCAGAAUGGCUCGAUUGCGGGCAACAGUUUAUUGCAGUUCGUGACGGCGACAAGCUCUAACAGGGUCUUAGGCAGAGCGGCGAUGGAGUAUCUAGACGGUGAUGUGGGGGCGAUCGAGAGGCUAAACAGACUGGAGCUAAAAGUUGUCAAGGGUAGAUUCGUGUCGGUGGAUGAUGAAGAUGUAUAG